AUGUCUGCAGUGCGCCAUCUCCCAGUAAGCCUCCGGGCCAUCUGCGGCGGCCCUCUCCGAGUCGUGCAGCCGACUCUCAGAGGCUCGUCAGAUCUGGCGGCGUCCUUUGCUUCGGUUCCACUCUCCUCCUUCUUCCCGUUCUUCUCUGCCUUUGGGGAGUCUGGGUUACAUGGGCUGAGGCGAGUCGAGGUCGGGUCCGUGCCUAGCCUCCGGGUCAUCGGGCGGUGGAGUUUGUUUUGGAUCUCCGAUUGCGGUAUGAGUAAAGAAAUUCACUCCCAAGGAAAAAUCCCAUUUUCUUGGGAGAAAAAACCCGGCGUCAGCAAGGCCGCCCGGCCGCCGGAGCACCACCACCUGCCGCCACGGAAGCUGCCGCCUCCGCCAUGUCCUCCGGCCAUGGCUGCUCGACUUUCAUCCGUUCACGAUUCGCAAAUCCCUCGAGUACGUUUAUCGAGAAGCUCUUCUAGGAAGGGCACGAAGAAGGUAAUAAUGAACGAUCCUUUCUUGAUUGCUUAUAAGGAGGUCACAAAGAGCGAAUAUAAAAAUGACAAAGGCUUGAUACGUAGCGAGAAAGGGGAUCGUGGGCUUGGAGCGUUGAGGAAUAUUUCUAUGUUUUCUUGCAAAGUACAAUCUUCUUGUAUUGUGGAAGAGAACAGCGUAAUCAGAUUUUCCCAGCUUCCGAUUUCAAGAUCGUAUAGAAAUGGAGGCCACAAUUAG